AUGUCGCGCCUGAAGAGAGCAGCUGAGCGGGAUCCUCGGGAAGGUUUCAGAACUGAACAGAGAGACUGCACUACCUCAGUACCCCAGGGGCUGUUAAAGGCGGCGAGGAAGAGCGGCCAGUUAAACCUGUCUGGUAGGAACCUUAGUGAAGUACCUGAGUGUGUCUGGAGAAUAAAUGUGGAUAUUCCUGAGGAAGCUAAUCAGAAUCUUUCAUUCGGUGCUACUGAGCGAUGGUGGGAGCAGAUGGAUUUGACCAAACUAAUCAUAUCAAACAAUAAACUUCACUCACUUACAGAUGACCUCAGACUCCUGCCUGCAUUGACUGUCCUUGAUAUACAUGAUAAUCAGCUGACAUCUCUUCCUUCUGCUAUAAGAGAGCUGGAAAAUCUUCAGAAACUUAAUGUCAGCCAUAAUAAACUGAGAAUACUCCCAGAAGAAAUUACAAAUCUCAGAAACCUGAAGGGCCUGUAUCUCCAGCAUAAUGAACUAACUUGCAUACCAGAUGGAUUUGAGCAACUCGUCAAUUUAGAAGAUUUAGAUCUUUCCAGCAAUCGUCUUACAACUGUUCCUGCUAGAUUUUCUUCUCUGUCCAGUCUGGUGCGGCUCAAUCUUUCCAGUAACCAAUUGAAGAGUUUGCCGGCAGAAAUAUGUAGAAUGAAAAGAUUAAAGCAUUUGGAUUGCAAUUCAAAUCUCUUGGAAGCUAUACCUUCUGAACUGGCUGACAUGGAAUCAUUAGAAUUACUUUAUUUGCGGAGAAAUAAAUUACGUUCUCUGCCAGAGUUUCCUUCCUGUAGACUACUGAAGGAAUUGCAUGUAGGUGAAAACCAGAUUGAAAUGUUAGGGGCAGAACACCUUAAGCAUCUGCAGUCUAUCCUUGUGUUAGACCUGAGGGAUAACAAGUUAAAAUCUGUUCCAGAUGAAAUUACACUACUACAGUCUUUGGAAAGACUUGACCUAAGCAACAAUGAUAUUAGCAGUUUACCCUAUUCAUUGGGAAACCUUCACUUGAAAUUCUUGGCACUAGAAGGAAAUCCUUUGAGAACCAUUCGGAGAGAAAUUAUAAAUAAAGGAACCCAAGAAGUCCUGAAAUAUCUACGAAGCAAAAUCAGAGAUGAUGGACCUACCCAAUGUGACUCUGUUACUGAGACGGCCAUGACACUACCAAGUGAAUCAAGAAUCAAUGUACAUGCUAUAACCACAUUAAAAAUAUUAGACUAUAGUGAUAAACAAACAACUUUGAUUCCCGAUGAAGUGUUUGAUGCAGUAAAAAGCAACAUUAUCACUUCUGUUAACUUCAGUAAGAAUCAACUAUGUGAAAUUCCGAAAAGGAUUGUGGAACUGAAGGAAAUGGUUUCUGAUGUCAACCUCAGUUUUAAUAAGCUGUCCUUUAUAUCAUUGGAGUUAUGUAUGCUUCAAAAAUUGACUUUUUUAGAUCUCAGAAACAAUUUUUUAAAUUCUUUGCCUGAAGAAAUGGAAUCAUUGAUAAGACUACAAAUGAUCAAUCUUUCUUUUAAUAGGUUCAAAGUACUGCCUGAAGUUCUAUAUCGUAUCUCCACGCUUGAAACAGUUCUGAUUAGUAACAAUCAGGUUGGAUCCCUGGACCCUCAGAAGAUGAAAAUGAUGGAAAAUCUGAUUACGCUGGACCUUCAAAAUAAUGACCUUCUACAAAUUCCUCCAGAGCUUGGGAAUUGUGUCAGUUUAAGAACAUUACUCCUAGAUGGAAAUCCAUUCCGUGUUCCUCGAGCAGCCAUAUUAAUGAAAGGAACAGCUGCUAUCCUGGAAUAUUUGAGAGACCGAAUUCCUACUUAG